AUGCAAGCGUAUCGCGAUAAUUUCAAGCAGACGCCUUGCCCAUCGGCCGUCGACCUUCCUGGUCCGCCAACAGGAGGAGGAGGAGGUGGAAGAGGAGGAGAAGGAGGCACAAGUUCCCAGCGUCUGCCCUUCUCCCGCAAUCGCGGUGGGCGUGGCGAGUCGUGCAAUAACGCCCACAACGGCUCUGGAGGUGCCAUUACGCCCCGCAUGAUGAGUCCCGCCCCGAUUCCGACUCCGGCUCCGGCACCGCCAAUCGGGGAUUGCUCCGCGAAUGCGCUGCUGCGUCAGAAUCAGGAGUUGCGUCAGCGUCUGGCCGAUGAAUCCCAUAGCUAUCGGCGACGUCUCGACACCUACAAGCAGGCUCAACAUAAUCAGGCCAAUCUCGUCAGUCGUCUGCAGUCCAAGAUCCAGCAGUACCGACAACGUUGCAGCGAUCUCGAGGAUCGCAUGCAUGACACCAUCAAACCAACAACAACAACGACAACAACAGCGACAUCGGUGCCAUGUGUUCCCAAGCUGACAACGGGACCAACAGCUAGCCAAGUGCUGUGCUCCACGUCACUGACCUUAGGCCAGAGCAGUUUGCCGUGCAGUUCCUCGCUGGAUUCUCCACCGCCGAGUUGCAGUCGGGAUUAUCUGCUGGACGAUGGCGGCAACGAGCUGUGCCGCAAGCUGGAGGAGGAGCGCAAUCGUUGCGAGCAGAUUGUGGCCCAGAACAAUGCGUUGCGACAGCAGCUGGAGGAAUCGAAUCGGACCAACGAGGCGUUGACCAAUGACUUGCAGAAGUUGACCAACGAUUGGGCGGGCAUGCGGGAUGAGCUGCUGAUCAAGGAGGAUGAGUUCAAGGAGGAGGAGCAGGCAUUCAAGGAUUACUACAACAGCGAGCACAAUCGACUGCUGAAGAUGUGGCGUGAGGUGGUCGCUGUCAAACGUGCCUUCAAGGAUAUGCAGAGUGCCAUGAAAUCGGAGGUGGCCAAAAUGGGACAGGAAAUCAAUGGCGUCAGCAAGGACAUCAAUUGUUCCAACUCCUCGGUGGCAUACACACUCCAACAGGCCAAAAGAGCUGCCGACGAGGAGCUGAAGCAAACACGACGCAUCAAUGAUGAAUUGCAAUCCCAAUUGGCCACAUUGAAGGUGCAAUAUGAGAGUGCACGGCACGAGAUCAUGGAGCGUGAUCAGCGGCUGUUGGAGCUGAUGAAUCAAUUGAAAAAGCUGGAGGAUCGUUGCGCUCAAGCGGAAUCGCAGGCGGCAUUAGCGAAUCGUUAUAAUGAUGAAAUCGAGAGACUUAACAAUUCCAUGCGAGAGAUUGCCCAAGCGGUUGUUCAAGAUGCCGAGAUCGCUGAUCGUGAGGCAGACGCCGAGGUCAACACGGCCAUGCAGCACAUGCAUCUAUCACGUGACGGAGCAGCUGGAACCGGAGCCGGAGGGGGUGGGGGAGGGGGAGCGAGUACGGGUGGAAAAUCACCGCGACGCAAUUCGACACGCGCCUCGCAAGCCUUUGCCGAGGGCACCAUUUCCGCCGUACAGGCAGCCCUACAUAAAUAUCAAUUAGCCCUGCAUGACAUGCAGGUCAAGUUCCAGCACAGCAGUGAAUCCUUGCGCAACACCAGAACCCAACUGGACACCAGCGAGGGCACCAAACAGCUUCUUACCAACAAAAUGCAGCAGCUAACGGAGAAACUCGAUGCCAGCAAUUCCAAAUUAUCCGAAUUGCUGCAGGAGCGAGAGAGUCUACAGAAAACCCUUGACGAGGUCCGGGUACAAAAACAACAGUCGGAAAUGGGACGUGCCGAUCUCAACAAUGCGUUUGAAAAUCUAAGCGGCGACUUUGAGAAGCUGCAAUUGAACUAUGGAAAAUUGCAAAAACGCAUCGAUUCCAUGGAGGAGGAUAAGAAGGCCGUGGAGUUGGAGAUACAACGCAUACUCAAGGACAAGAACAUAACUGAGCUGAAUCUAAGAUCGGAGGAAGAUCGGAGCAGUCGGUUGAGGGAGGAGACGAUAUCGCUGCGAGAGGAGCUGAAUCGUGUGAGUCUCAAUAGAGAUCUUCUGGAGCAACAACGCAUUGAAUCCGAUAAUUUGAUUGGUUUGCUGGAGAAGCAAAAAUCGGAUCUGGAAUACGAUCUGGAUAAGAUACUGCUGGAGAAGUGUGACUUGCAGGAGAAACACGAGAAGCUAUCGAAUAACAAUUGUUCCACCAGCGAUGAGCUGAAAUCGGUGCAGAAUUGUCUGCAGGAUGUGCAGGAGGAGCGAAAGAAACUCCGAUUGCAAUCCACAGAUCAGGCCAAUGAAAUUGGCGAACUGAAGAAGGAGUUGGCCGUGUUGGAUAAGGCACGUCUCGAACUGGAGACGGACAAUCUCUCCUACAGCGAGAAGCUCAAGUGUCUGCAGCUGGAGAAGGAGAAGAUUCUACAGGAUUUGGCAUGCAUGACGCGGGAGAAAUGCGAUAUACACAAUCAACUGACCGCCACCUGUCGUAAAAAGGAGGCAACUAAUGAGGAACUGAUGCGCACCCGACAGAGAUUGGAACAGACGACGGAGACAAACAGUCGCCUCAAUAGGAACAUUGAGGAUAUGGUCAAGGAUGUGGAGGAGAAGCAGGUGGUCAUUGAUCUGCAUGAGAAGGAUACACAUCGUUUAAAUGAAUUGCUCGCUGCCCUGCGCUCCGAAAAGGAAUCCCUGGAGACGGUGCUUUUUGAUACCAAUACCACCCUGGAGACGGUCGAGGAGAAGCGCAGCCAAUUGGAGCGUGAUCUGCAAGAGGCACUGGUGCGCGAGGAAUCCCUAAAGAAUCAUGUGGCACGACUGCAAAAGGAUCUGGAGAUUUGUCAACGCAAGGCGCAGGAAACCAAGACGCAGUUGCUCAAUGCCGCCCGUGCCGCCGACAGUGAGUUCAAUCAGCGGAUUGCCAGUCUGCAGGCAGCUGCCGAGGAUGCCUCCAAGCGACAUGGCGACGAAGUGCUCCAACUGCGCACGGCACUCGAGAAACGCAUGCAACAGGCUCUGCAGGCACUGCAAACCGCCAAGGAUGAUGAGAUUGAGAAGCUGCAGGAGCGUCUGGCCGCCUUACAGGCACACAUUGAGAGUCUGGUGCAGCAGCAUGAGGAGACGCUCAUCCGGGCCGAGAACGAGAAGCAACAGGCUCUGCUGAUGGCCCAUCGGGAUAAGCAGGCGGUUGCCGAGCGUCUCGAGUCCGUGUCGAGGGAUCUCAAGACCGAACAGGAGGCCCUGGAUCGCAGCAAGCGGGAGGCCAAUGCCAGGGAUGAGAAACAACGCUCGGCAAUUGCCCAGCUCAAGGAUGAGAUUGUCCUCAUGCGCACCAAGGAGGAGGAGCACAAGAUUAAACUGGAGGAGUGCAUCAGGAAGCAGGAGCUGCAGCUGAACAGCAUGCGGGAGGAGAGGGACACUCUCUGUCGACUGAGCGAGGAGUUCAAGAUGGAAAUCCGCCUGAAGGAGGACAAAAUGGAGGGCACCAACAAUGAGCUGCAGGAUGCGCUCCGCAAGACCAAAGAAGGUGAGGGCUACAUCGAGAGUCUGCGCAAGGAGCUGACGGACAGUCGACGUCAGCUGGCGGACAGCAACAUUGAGCGGGACAAGUAUUCGAGCAGCAACAAGGAGCUGCGGGAUCAUGUGAAGCGGGUGGAGAGCGCCAAGCGGGAGCAGGCACGAGCCAUUGAGGAGGCGCUACAGAAGAUUAGCAAUCUGGAGGAGACCAGGAAUACGCUGGAGAAUGAACGCACGCGUCUCAGCACCAUAUUGAAGGAGACAGAGAAUAACUUUACCAAGACAACGCAGGAACUAAAUUCGACCAAGUCCACGUUGCACAAAACCCAAAUGGAGUUCGCCCAGAAGGACGAGGGCGGCAAGGAGCUGCAGACCAAGCUGUCGGCGGAAAUGGAACUGAAGGAGCGGGCCCAACAGGAGCUCUGUCAGAUCAAGAAGCAGCUGUCGGAUCUGGAGGCGAAUCUGUGCGCGACACGUCAGGAACUGGGCAGAGCCAGGUGCCACAACAACCAGGAGGAGCAUCGCUUCCAUGCGCGGGAACAGGAGCUCGCCACACGCAUGGAGGAGGCACGUGGACGUGAGAAGCGACUAGAGGAUCAGAAGCAUAAUCUGGAAGUGUGUCUGGCGGAUGCAACGCAACAGAUCCAGGAGCUCAAGGCACGUCUGGGUGGAGCGGAGGGACGCAUCCGGGCGCUGGAUGAGCAACUGGCCUGUCUGGAGCUGCACAAGCGGGAUGUGGAGCACAAGCUGAGCUCCGUGGUGCACACCUUAAGGAGAAUCGCUGGCAUUCAAGUGGAUGGCAGUGUCAAUCUCUCACAUCGUUUGCUAUCUCCCUCUAGAAGAUUCAGUCCCUCACGCAGUGUGGGAGAUUACGAUACCAGGAGCACAUCCCAAUGCCCGGAUGCAGCCAUCGAUGUGGAUCCCGAUCUGAUAAGAAAGGGCGUGCGCAAUCUGAUGCAUCAAGUGGCCCAUUUGGAACGCGAAAAGGAUGACUACAAAUCCCAAUUGGCUGCGUUUAAGAAACAGCUCCAGGAUGCCGCCGAGCAGCAAUUGAGAUGUGACGCCAAGCUGGGUAAACUCCAGGCCAUGCUGCGUAAUCUGCAAGAGGAGAAGAGCAAUCUGGAAACGGAGCGCAAGAUGAAAAUCAGCGCUUUAAAUGCGCUGGAGGAGAAGCUCAAGCAACGCUCGGAUGAAUGCCAAAUGUUGCGGGAACGUUUGGCCCAAACCGAGAUGCAAUUGGCCGCCACCUCCGAGGAGAAUGGCCAGAACGAGGAGCGCUUGGAGAAAUCGCGACAGCAGUGCGGCAAAUUGGAGCAGGAGAAGCGUCUGCUGCAGGAGGAACUGGCCAAAGUGGAGGGCAGAGCCAGCAAAUUGGAUCUACAACGUGUGGCACUCGAAGGCGACUUGACACGCCUCCAAAUGGCGCUGCAAGAGAAGGACUGCAAUAUCCGGCAGCUGUCGGAGCGUCUGGAGAAUCAAAAUCGCGCCCUCACACAGCUGGAGGAUCGCUGCACCUCGCUCAAGUCCACGGUGGAUCAGCUCAAGGAGCGUCUGCAAAAGUCAGCGGUUAAUGAAACCCAAUUACGUGGCGACAUCAAGACACUGCAAAAGGAGCUCUCCGAGCAGGGACAUUGCUACCAGGCCAACGAGGACAAGCUCAAGCUGCUGCAAAAGACCCUACAAACGGCGGAGAAUGAGAAACGCAUCCUCAACGAACGUCUGGACAGCGCACAGACGAAUCUCAACGAGCUGCGACGCAGUCAGCAGGCCCAACUCGAUGGCAAUCAGCGGCUCCAGGAGCAGGUCACCGAUCUUGAGGUGCAGCGUUCGGCACUCGAGUCCCAGUUGCGUAUACUCAAGUGGAAUCAGGAGAAUGGCGACAAGGGACUCAGCAAUGGCAAUGGCAGUGCUCCGCGGGAGGAGGAGGAGCUCAGUCGUCAGUUGAAAUCGUCUCAGCGGGAGAAAUCGGAACUAAGGAGCAAACUCCAGACACUACAGGACAAGGUGAAGCAGCUGGAGUGCGAUCGCAAGAGCAAAUUCGCUGGUGGUAGUGCCUAUGAUCGUGCCGAGAAAGCCAGCUCCUAUUACAACGGAGCAGGAGGUGGAGGUGGAGGAGGAGGAGGAACUGCUGGUGAUGCUGGAGAAUAUGACUCCAAUCGCUAUGAUAUGGGUGGCAAUGGUGGCUCCUACAGCUGUGGUCUGGAUCACAGCACCAUUGAGCAGGAGACUCGUGAUCUACGCUUGAAGGUGCGUCGCCUGGAAACGCUGCUGGCGGAGAAGGAGUCGGAGCUGGCUCGCUGUAAGGCGCGCAUGCAUGACACCUCCAAAUGCAACGAUGGCCUGGAUGCCGAUCGAUAUCGCAGUGCCCAGAUGCAUGCCGAGAAACUGCUCGAUGCCCGUGAGCAAUCCCACAAGCAGCAGGUCUUGAGACUGGAGAAUCAGAUUUCCAUGCUGAGGGAACAACUCGCCCAGGAGGCUAAAAGACGUCAGCAAUAUGUGUUGCGCAGUUCCAAGGCGAACCGAGAGAUGCAACAUUUGCGCAGCACAUUGGGGGAUUCCCUAAGGAAUGUCUCCCAGCAUCCAGUGGAUGCACAUUUGCUGGAAAGCGAAAGCAGACGCUUGGACUCCGCGGUGUCCAUGAGUCUGCCGCCAUCAACGUGUCGGGACUAUGAUCGUGAUUAGAAAGAGAGAGAUAUAGAGAAAGCAAUCACGUUGUCAUCUGGUAACUUGAUCCCGCCAAGACGUUAACUUUAACUGCCAGCGUAGUUACAAAACCAAGUGCAUUUAUUUUGAGGCAAAACAUUUUAGGUCCAUUACAAUAUUAUUAACUAAAUAUAAUUAAUCUCAGCUGUUCAUUGUCUGCCUGAUUAGACAAUUGAAUAUAGUGCGUUCCCCAUGAUCUCGCAUAUCUAUUAGUUAUACCCAAUUGGACAUCUUCAUUCUUCACAACACACACACACACAAAACAUAAAAAAAAAACAACUAUAAAACAAGUCUGCAAGUCUUAAACAAAGUAAAUACUUUAAAGACAAGCAAGAAGAAUAAAAUUAAAUUAAUAGCAUUUGCAGCCUUGUUAAGUUUACAUUAAAGGGUCACAAGUUCCGCUUCUCCUUGAGAAUCAGGAGAGCACAGAACUAUAUACUUCAACAAAUAUCAUAUAUAUGAAUUAUAUAAAACAUUUAUCACAUGAUUUAAAUAACACACUCACAUAGAAGGCACCACAACACAUUUGUCAACAUGAAUACAUCAACAAUUUGUCUUCAUUUAUAAACAAUAUACAAGAAGAGAAUAAAAACACAACUAAUAACACUUGAAA